CAGUAAAAAUACAGUACAAAAUAAAAUCUUACAUUCAUGAUGUCUUUAACCCCUCUGGUUUUAUCAAUUUUGCUAGCAAAUCAAGUUUUAUCGCAGACCGACCGUAACACAGUCAGUGAAGUAAAGACGCUGCAGUGGAGCUCUACAGAAUCUGUUUUUGCCUUGCAAAUCCGACAAUUCCGGACGUCGGCGGAAGAGACGCCCGCGGCUUCUGCCGGAAACAAUCUUAAUGUCUUCAAUCCCGACCUAGCAAGCAACUUUCUUGAAGCACAAGAUGAAAAUUUCCGAGUAAUCUCGACUUUUCAUCCGAUUGGGAAAACGAAUGCCGCUGAAGAAAUCAAAAACGAUCAAGACGAAGGAAACAGCAAAUUACUUUCAACGCUUCAAGCUAAUUUCCUUGAUGAUAAAAAAAGUGACAAAGUGUAUAAUUUAAAAGAACCUGAAAAUAUUAUAUGGGAGAAUUGCUUUGAUAUAAAUUCAAAAUCAGACGUGAAAAAUUCUCAUAAUUUAGAAUCUGAAAAAGUUAGGACAUUAGGAAACUAUUUAAAUAAACGGAAUUCUCUAUCAACAAAUGAUUCGUCAGCAUUAAGAUCUUGGUUGGAGAAAUAUAACAUAUUGAAAAGUGGACGAACUGAACCGCCUAGAAUUUUAACUGAAACAGCAACUGAGUCGUUUACUACAAGUUCAUCUACAAUACAAAUUAUACCAAUAACAACGAGUAUACCAAGUUCUUAUACAGACCCAAUAAACAUAACGCUAGAUAUAAUCACAGAACAUAGCGUUCGAGAGACUGACACAAGUGAUUGGUAUAUGAACGUCGAUAAAAAUAAGAUAAAGUUUGGAAGUUUGCCUCAAACACAAACGUAUCUGAUACCAAAAUUCAAACUCGAUGAAGAAUUUCACCCGUUCAGUUUUAUGUCGAAUUUCUUUUCAGUAAUUUAUCUUUUUGAUUAUCCUAUCGGUCUUGUCAAGGAUAUUGUGAAAGGGAAAUUCAACUUCCCUUAUUCAUUUUUACAGUCAAUCAAAGUGGAGUCUACAUUUUUGGUGAUAAUAAUAACAUUCGGUGUAUUCGCCCUGAUCAUUCCAUUGUAUCUGUUCAUAUUGAGCUUAAUAUCGCUGUUUUCUAAAUCGAAAUGCACCGAUGAAAUUGAAUCUGGAACCUUAUUCUUAGAGCCGGAGCAACCAGAUUGCCAUGACAAAGUCCUCGUGAUUUUCACGUUCCUUUUUUUACUUAUAUGCUGUGCUCUUAUAUCCGGAAUGGUUUUGAGUAAUGAGCAGUCCCGGAUGGCUGUGGCGGAGAGUCGCAACGUUAUUAGCUGCGCCUGCGCAGAUAUAGCUUCCUGGCUUUCAACUGCUGCGCAGGAGUUGCACCAGAGUCUGGUACCUCCAGUGGAUAUGGUGUUUUAUGCUUAUAACGAGGAUUUGAGGAAUGUAGCAACGCUUUUAGGACAACCAAUACAGCAAGCAAUAGCAUCAGAAAGUGGCAUUGAUUUAGUUCUGGAUUCUUUAGCAGAUAUUAUCACAGAGAGUGAAGACUUAUCAACAAAGGUGUCGUCAUUACGGGAAUCUUGCACCAAAGCUAGUCUUCUCGCAACAGCAGCUUCAGAAAAGAUUAGUGAUUUGGCUCAGCAAUUAGAUAGCCUGAGGCAACACUGUGUUGAAAAGGACAUCCCUCUUUGUGACACUCUUAGAACGAAUACGCUACAUAUAAUGAUGAAAUUUGAUUCAAUACUUCAAGAGGAACAACUUCUAGAACUAAACAAUUUGGGCGUUACAAACUUAACACAGGCUAUAUCUACAGCAAGGAAAGAAUUUCGUACUUUGCCAACUGCUAUAUCAUCGCAAACUGAGAGAAUAAGAGCAGAUAUUCUCCGCGAUAUAGAAAAUCGAAGACAAAUUGUACACAACUCUGCAAAGGUUCUAAACGAUAUAGUGAGACAUCUAACAGCAGGACUGCAUAGUCUUGCACGACAAAUGGAUAUGGGUUUAGAUAGACUUAAUAAGUAUGAGAUGUGGCGUUGGAUAAUAGUAUUAGCGUGCAAUGUAAUUAUUUGUUUCGUGAUGUUGCUCAUCCUUCUAGCAAUGUGUUGCGGAUGUGGCAAUGCGAAAAUUCACGCAAAAAGAACUCUACAAGUAUCAUCAUUUGGUUUAUGUAUUGUGUCAAUCAUUCUAUGGAGUGUUGUUUCUGCUAUAUUUCUUAUCUCUGGGUAUGCUGAGGUUUAUGCAUGCCAAAUUUUGUGGGAGGGAAAAUAUGAGACCUUGUCAACACUUUUGGAUCGUCCAUCCCCUCUACUAUACAAUAACGAUGGAAUUUUCGAUGUCUUAUUUAAAGAUCUAUACAAUGUCACCGUAGAUGUACCUGUCAAAAAUGUUUUAAGAGAAUGUGAAAAAAAUGAACCAGCGUACACUGUAUUCCAACUCGAAAAAGUAUUAGACGUGAACAAAGAGACUUCUUACUUUGAAUGGGACGAGCUACAAGAUGAUUUAAGAAGAUUAACAAAUUCUAUCGACGUUGGUUUCCUAAAGACAAUUUCAGAUAAAUUCAACAAGUUGUUAAAUAGAAUACUAUUCGUCUCUGAUGUUAACUUAACGACUUAUAGAAUGGAAUACAAUGGUCCCGUUUUGGGAAAGGAUUUGCCAUCAUUUGUGGAUCAGCUAGAAAACGUUGCAGUUCAAGUAAGCGAUUUGAACACCGCAGGAAGGUUAGAAAGCUUAGCAACAAGAACCCAAAGAAUACAUCUAUCGAACAUCAAGCCACUGGAGCAGUUACGAACGGAGUUGGUCUUCAAAUUGACGGAGCUCGAGCUGCAAAUUAUGCCUUUUAGAAGAAAAUUGAACAUCUCACUGAGCCACAUACACACGGCACAAUUUUACAUCGACAAUCAAGGGGAUGUGAUCGCCCAAAAGAAGCUGUCAACAUUCAUAUCCCGCUUGGUGUCCCACACUGCUGGGUGGCGUACCCACGUCCUCUCGGCUGCGAGUGAACACGCGGGUCGCUGUGGGCCGUUGUUCACAGUCUUUGCAGCUAUAAGGACACUGGUCUGCACGAAAUAUGUCUCCUCUUUGCACGGGUGGUGGUUCUGCGGAUUUUUGUUGGGAUUCAUCUGGUGCACAAUUUUCACUCCACUAUGUGUCAAACUCUGGAGAUCAUACGCCAAAAAAUUGCGGACCCUGGAUACAUUGACAUUGACCAACAUAGGGAACCCGGUACACCCGCGACAGCCACCUGCGACGACACAAACUGGAACACGCCAGGACCCCCACCGCCACCUCGAGACGACCACGACAGUUGGUGAUUAUCAUUUUACAUACAUGGAAAAUGGAUCAAAUGUGGAUUGUAACAUAAGCGAUAAUGCCGACCCAAUGUCGCCUACUAGCACAAAAUACGAUAAAGAUUAUACGUACUACGAAUAAGGAGUUUUGUGCUUUGAUGUUUUAGAUUUGAUGUUUUGCGAACAAACAUGACAUGUAAACCCGACUGUUUAUGAGUAAAUCUUUAAUUACACGAACUUAUGUAUAAGGUUUGUCACGUAAAAAGAGCGCCGAAAGUUGAGCUGCACAAUAAAUUGUUCUACGAUUGCAUGCAAUUAAUUGUCAAUAAACUAUAAAUUUAUUGUUACAAGUAAUAUGUAUUCGGUCAAUAAAUAGUACUAGAUUAUGGAUUAUGAACAAAAAACAAUGCUCCUUUGGUAAU